AUGCCCCAGUACAAACUGCACUAUUUCAACCUCUACGGUAGAGCCGAGCCCAUCCGGAUGCUCUUCUUUUUGGCCGACCAACCCUACGAGGAUCGCCGUUGGGAGAUCCCCGAGUGGCCGGAAGUCAAGAAAGAUCCCGUCUUCGUGUUUGGUCAGGCGCCGGUGUUGGAGGUGGAUGGAAAGCCGUUGCCCCAAACGCUGGCCAUUACGCGAUACCUGGCCCGAAAAUUUGGCUACUCGGCCAGCGACGAAUUUGACAACGCUCGAAUGGACGCGAUUUGCGACUCGUACACGGAUUACGUCGACAAAAUCGUCCCCUGGUACCGGAUCCACCUCAAAUUUUUCCCGGGCGACGAGGAAUUUGAUACGACGGUCGACCCGGCACGCAAAUUAUGGCUGGGACAGCUGGCCGAUUUAUUAGAAAAGGAAGGAACCGGAUAUAUGGUUGGCGAUAAGUUAUCCUGGGUGGAUUUGACGCUGGUGAAUCACAUGGACGUUUUUGAGCUGGCGAUUCCGGGGUAUACGAAAGAAUGGCCGACGCUUGUCGACUAUCGUAACCGGGUGAACGGGCUGCCGAAAAUGAAGGAAUACUACGCGCAAAGACAGACUUGUCAACGU